CUCUGAGCCGCUGAUAAGGCUUUGAUCAUCUGACUACAGUCUAGAUGAAGGAUGAGCUUCUCGGCCAGAGACAUUGUCCAUCCUGCUGAUGCUCCCUCCUCGUCUCAUCGUAAACUCUUGUGCACCCUCUGGUGCUUGGUAGUCUCCCAAACUUCUUUGUGUAGCCUGCUUUGCAGAUUGUCUUCCUUGUCUGUGUGGUUGCUCAUUAUUCAGACGGAUCUCAGGUCAUCUGCAGCUGCAGCGAAGGAGAAGCAGGAAAGAUGGCGAUCAUCCAUUAGACCGACCGGGCGCACGCAUGAAAUACGAGGACAACUUUGGGGAGGAUCGCUCGAGGAGAAGAUUGUACCAGUUUCCCUGAUUUUCCAGGGAGUUAUCCCCCCUUUCAGUGAUGGAGGUAUUGCAGUGUGACGGCUGCGACUUCCGUGCCGAGUCAUACGAUGACUUGAAGAACCACAUUCAGGAGGUGCACACUGUUUUCUUGCAGCCCUCAGAUGUAGAGGGGUCUGACUCUUUGAGAGAAGAGGAUGAGGAUGAAGAAGAGGAAAAUGGGGAUAAGGAAGACAGGGAUGACAAGGAUUACUCUCCUUCUAAAGCUGGAAUGAGUCCCUGCUCUGCUGAUGGUCCCGACCAAACAUCGCAAAAACCAACUACUGAGACCCAUCUUCCAUUUUACCAAUGCAAGUUUUGCAUCCGUUACUUCCGGUCAAAGGGGUUUUUAAGAAAUCACACCAAAAAGGUCCAUAAUGUCACAGAGGAAGAUUCAGAUGCAAAUGUCUCCUCAGGCCCUGCUAAGGACGCCAGCUACACUGUAAUAACGCACAAUGAUCAUUCAAAAGUGUAUUCCUGUCAGUAUUGCACGUACAAGUCUCCCCGUAAAGCAAGGAUCUUAAAACACCAACUGAUGUAUCAUAACAAAGUUCCCUCUGGAAAUCAGCCGGACGACACGGAGGCAGAGGAGGGAUCUGAAACAGCUGCUGGACUCAUUAAGGGAACAUUUCCUUGCGAAUGGUGUGACUAUCAGACUGACCAGAAAGACAGCUGGACUGACCAUGUUGUAAAAGAACAUAGUGAUAAGGUGAAGAUUGUUUCCAACACUGAAAAUCUAGAAGAGGAAGCAAGCGCGAGCUCACCCAGGCCAAGCACUCCAGCCUCAUCCCCUAACUCGACAAGAUCAAAUGUGACUUUGACUAGAGAAGGAGAUUCAGUUGAAAAACCAGAGAAAAUGAUGGAAACAUCCGUUGAGGCAAUCUCAUCCAUUCAGUAUUCACAUAUAAGUGCAGUCACGCCCAACAGCACAGGUUCUUCUAUUCUGUCUAAAAGAUUUGCCUCUUCUGACGUCUCCAACAGCGUCUCACAUGUGGACUCUAGCUUACUGAAUGAGGACAACUCAAGAAGCAGCUUGGAAGAUGACGACGAGGAAGAAGUGGGUGAGAUGGAUGAUCCCAACUAUACAGGAACUCUCUCUGCAGAUGCAAAGCAGCUGUUAAUGGAUGGCGAUAAUAAAUUGCUGGAAACUAAAGGAAUACCGUUCAGGAGGUUCAUGAACCGAUUCCAGUGUCCCUUUUGCUCUUUCCUUACAAUGCACAGGCGGAGCAUUUCCCGCCAUAUUGAAAAUAUUCACCUUUCUGGUAAAACCACAGUGUACAAAUGCGAUGAAUGCCCCUUUAUUUGCACCAGCCCUUUGAAGCUUGGUACGCACAAGCAGAGCCACAAUCCAUCAGAUUUAGAAACAUUGGACCUUACAGGCGACAGCCCAGAGCCUCAGAAUGAUGGUGCCACAGAGCCACUGAACGGAGGAAAUGUAACGUCCAGAAUUAAUGGGAAAAAGCCAACCAGCACAUCAAAUGACCAGCAGAACCCUCACCGCUGCACACUCUGCAGCUUCUCUACCACCACUCUAAAAGGUCUGAGAGUCCACCAGCAGCACAAGCACUCCUACUGUGAUGACCUAGAUUCCUCUGUCUUUGAAAGCCAGAUGACUGACCAGCCAGACUCAGAAGUAGAAGCUUUUCCGAUGUUUCUGCAAAAAACUCAGACAUCCAUAUUAGGAUCUGCCACCAAGAAAGCGUUAGUUACAGGAAAAAGAGCCAGGAAGUCCAUAAAUGACUUGCCUUUGGAUCUGUCCUCAGUCAAAAAGAGAACUAGGAUUGAUGAAAUCGCCAGUAACCUUCAAAGUAAGAUAAGCCAAAGCCAGCAGGAUACGAUCAUUAACCUAGAUGACAUGGAUGAAGAAGACAAUGGGGAAAAUAACGGCAGUGGUGAUGAGAUUAGAAACCAUGACAAAAACCCAGUCUUUGCUUACAACACGCAUCUGUUUCAUCAAGAGUCCUCCAUCUCUCACGAGGGAAGCAGAAUAGGGAAAAGAAAAAGCAACCCCAAGUUAAAACCCAGAAACAUUCCAAUAUCCCUGACUCUCUCUGAUGAUGGUGAAAAUAUCUCAGCCAAUCCAACUGAUGGUACCAUCAAUGAGAAUAUGGACUAUUCAGAUGAUUCCGGAAUCAUGCGUUUCUACUGUAAACACUGUGAUUAUCACAACAAAUCGGCUCGAAGCGUUAGCACACACUAUCAGAGGAUGCACCCUUACAUAAAGUUCAGCUUUAAGUACAUCCUAGAUCCUGAAGACCAGAGUGCUGUAUUCCGCUGUUUGGAGUGCUAUAUAGAGUACACAAAUUACAACGACCUGCACCAACACUACAUGGAUCACCACCCAGAAGCAAGCAAUGUGCUAAACUUCAACCAACCGCAUCUUCUGUACAUGUGCCGCUUUUGUUCAUACACAAGCCCCAACGUCAGAAGCCUGAUGCCUCAUUACCAAAGAAUGCACCCCAAUGUAAAAAUCAACAAUGCCAUGAUCUUCUCCAGCUACAUUGUAGAACAAAGUCACAAGACCAGUGAAUCGCAAACACUUAGAGAAAUAUUAAACUCUGGCCCCAAAAGUUUUAACUCAUCAUCUCCAGUGCCCAGGUCCUCAUCAAGCCCGGUGCAGAAAACGGUUCCCAGGUCUCCAGAAGCCAGUGCGGAGUCUGAAUCUCUCAAAGAAACUAUCAGCAAUGUGGUUGUUUAUGACUGUGAUGUGUGCUCCUUUUCUAGUGCUAACAUGCACUCGGUGUUAGUUCACUACCAAAAGAAACACCCAGAGCAAAAGGCAUCUUAUUUCCGUAUACAAAAAACAAUGAAGGUGGUCUCGGUUGAUCAGUCCCACCCCUUAGCAAACUCCUCCUUCAGCCCUGGGAUCCCCAGCACUCCAAAACAAUCUAAUUUAAUGGUGUAUGGAUCAGAUGAAGAAAUGUACUACUGCAAACAUUGCAUAUACAGCAACAAAUCUGUUGUGGGUGUGCUGGUUCAUUACCAAAAAAGACACCCGGAAGUGAAAGUGACAGCUAAAUACAUCAAGCACGGCCCUCCCACUCCUGGUCUGAUGAAAUUAAUGGAUGAACUGCAAAUUGCUGCUCCCAAGCAAUUUUUGAAGCAGUUUCAAAAUAAUGGCCACGGCGGCUCCAAAAACUCCAAACUAGGAGGUGGUGAAAAAGGGGAGGAAGAGCUGUUCUUUUGCCAGCACUGUGAUUAUGGCAACCGCACCGUAAAAGGAGUGCUUAUCCACUAUCAGAAGAAGCACAGGGAGACCAAGGCCAACGCUGACCUGGUGCGCCGUCACACUGCGGUAGUGAGGAGUCAGCGCGAGCGAGCACAAAUGGUCCAGUCCAACAGCGCUUCCUCUACUGCAAUCUCGGCUUCUGCAGACAAUGAAAAUUCGACACCUAUGCGUUCCCUUAAGUGCAGACACUGUUCCUUUACAACCCCCUACGUUUAUGCCCUGAAAAAGCAUCUCAAGAAGGAGCACCCUACUGUUAAAGCGACAGCCAUGACUAUUUUACAUUGGGCUUACCAAGAUGGCAUUCUGGAGGCGGGUUAUCACUGCGAGUGGUGCAUUUAUUCCCAUGCUGAUCCCCAGGGCCUUUUGCUCCAUUACCAAAGACGCCACCCUGAGCAUAAUGUCGAUUAUGCAUACAUGGCAAGCAAGCUAUGGGCAGGGCCAGAAACCACCCAGCAAGGUGGAAAUAUGGACACAAAACAUUACAAAUGUAGAGACUGUGCCUUUGAGGCUUGCUCUAUUUGGGACAUUACAAGUCACUACCAAGCUGUUCACUUCUGGGCCAUCAAAGAGGAUGAAUCUGUGCUUUUGGAUAUAAUCAAAGGGAAUGGCUCUGCUGAAAAGUUCCAGCAGCAGGUUGCAAAGGAGCAAGGAGUUAUGAAUUGCCAGUCUGAUGAAGGAGCUCUAAUUAUUGCCACCCCACCUCAAGAAAGCUAUUCUCACCCACGCCUUUCCAUUUCUAACAAUCCUUAUCAAUGUACUGUGUGUCUGUCAGAGUACAACAGCCUUCAUGGCCUUCUCACUCACUAUGGCAAGAAACACCCAGGCAUGAAAGUAAAAGCUGCAGAUUUUGCACAAGAGGCAGACAUCAACCCCAGCUCUGUUUAUAAAUGCCGCCACUGUCCAUAUGUGAACUCCCGCAUUCACGGGGUCCUCACUCACUAUCAGAAACGUCACCCGCUGGUGAAAGUCACCGCUGAGGACUUUGCAGAUGACAUAGAGCAAAUUUCAGAGUUACACGAAGGAGACGACAAGUUCAAAACUCAGAGGCAGGGCUAUGGUGCAUAUAGAUGCAAAAUGUGCCCCUAUACCCAUGGGACGCUGGAGAAACUUAAAAUACAUUACGAGAAAUAUCACAAUCAGUCAGCCUCAGAUAUAUUCACACCCUCUCUGAGUAAUUUUUCGUCCUGCAGAGAAACCGAGCCAAUGGCUGAAUGCAGUGGCAGUAAUAUGUCAAGCACUGCUAAAGUCCAAGAGGUGAGUGAAUUGGACCUUGCCCUCUCCCAGUUACCCAUCAAUAAGCCAGAGAAACAUGCUGUAUUCAAGUGUCAGCUCUGCAAGUACUUCUGCACCACAAGAAAAGGCAUUGCUCGCCACUACCGCAUCAAGCACAACAAUGUGCGCGCUCAACCGGAGGGUAAAAACAAUGUCUUCAAAUGUGCUCUGUGCUCUUACACAAACCCUAUCCGGAAAGGCCUGGCAGCCCACUACCAAAAGCGGCAUGAUAUCGACGCCUAUUACACUCAUUGUCUGGCUGCCUCCAAGACCAUGAGUGACAAGCCCCCCAAAGUGAUCGCUCAGCCGCCAUCAGAUGGGGAGUGCUCAGAAAUGAGCGAAGAGCUGCGUUUAGCGGUGGAGAGGCGGCAGUGUAACCUCUGCGGAUUCCAGGCCUUCAGCAGGAAGAGCAUAGUUUCGCACUACAUCAAACGCCAUCCAGGCGUCUUCCCCAAGAAACAGCAUUCCAGCAAACUCGGUCGUUACUUUACCGUUAUUUACGCCAAGGAGCCUGAGAAGACCGAAGAAGCCACACCUGGUGUAGAAGACAAGGAAGUGCUGGAGGUCCCUCUGGAACAGGAGGAAGACAGUGAUGAUGACUGGCUUCCCUUCAAGUGUCUGAAAUGCUAUCGCUUGUCCUUUAGCACAGGACAGAUGCUAUCUAUGCACUACAAUGACCACCACAGCGUAGAUCUGAAGAGGGACUUCUUGGUGUCAUCCAUCCCCGAGGAUGAGGAGUCAGAGUUAUACGAAUGCUCCCACUGUGAGUUAAAGUUUACAACUCUGCCUGAUCUGGCUGAUCAUCUUCUGAGUCACAAUGAGGAGUUUGAGAAGAGAGUUGUUAGACUGGAGAAGAAGAAGCACGUUCUUGGGAAGCAGAAAGGACCUGAGGUACAGGAUAAUAAACUUGAGAAGGAAAGCCUUACAAAUAAAACCCCCAUAGGAUUCAGGUGCAACUUCUGCGUGGAGAUCCACCCGACCCUCCGAGCAAUCUGUAACCACCUGCGGAAGCAUGUCCAGUACGGAGAGGCCAAACGCGGUCAUGUCAAGCAGGAGGUCUCUGAUAUCCCCCUGACUUCAAGCUCUCUAACUAACGGUGACCUGGAGGAGGACGAAGCGUCCGAAGUCGAUGGCAUCGAUGGACACAACCCAGCCUUUGCCCGCCCCUUUUCAACACAUUCUAGCAAUCACCUUGCUGACGACGUUGAGCUGGAGCCCCUUGAUCCGAACGUGGAAGGUGUCGAGGGUAGAGCGGCCGCCCUGGUGGCGGCUGCCAGAGCCGGGGGUCACCCAUGCUCCCAGUGCGACCGGGUUUUCAUGUCCAUGCAGGGGCUGAGGUCCCAUGAGAGGAGCCACUCGGCCAUGGCUCUGUUCAGCAAAGAGGACAAAUACAGCUGCCAGUACUGCCAUUUCGUCUCCCCCUUCAGACACAACCUAGACAGACAUGUGCAGUCUCACCAUGGCCACCACAAGCCCUUCAAAUGCAAGUUCUGCACCUUUAAAACUGCCUACGCUAGUCGCCUGAAGAGCCACCUGCAUAAGGCCCACACAGGUGAACAGCACACAUACAAGUGCUUGUCCUGCCCCUUCUCCUCUAUGACCAUCAGCCAGCUGAAGGAGCAUUCCCUGAGUAACCACGGUGAGGUUUUGACCCUCCCUAAACUACGAGCCGCCAUCCAGGCUGCACACGCUGCUAUCAGGCUUCCUCGACCGACCGUUCAGACUGAGCACGCUCAUCUGACCCCAGAUGAUCCAUCAGACCUGGAGCCAGCUGAUGUCUGUCAGCAGCUCAGUCCCUACCAGCUGGUUUCACGGAGUCAGAUGUCCUCCAGCUUUCAACCCGCCGGCUCAAUGGCGGGUGACAGUCGUCCAGACGGCAUCCUCACAUGCGAGUUCUGUGAGUUCAGCUCCGGAUACAUGCAAAGUUUGCGGCGGCACUACAGAGACCGCCAUGGUGGCAAGAAGCUCUUCAAGUGUAAAGACUGCUCCUUUUUCACCUGCUGCAAGGACAACUUCUCAAUGCAUGUUGAUGCUGGUCACCACAACAGUGGAAGUGGGGAGUUGUCUAGGGAACUGCACUGCCCGCUCUGCCUCUACCACACCAUACACAAAAGCAACAUGAUUGACCAUAUUGUUCUGCACAGAGAAGAACGUGUGGCUCCUCUGGAAAUGAGCCGCUCCAAGCUUGCACAGUACUUAGAGGGCCUUGUGUUUUGCUGCCACAAGUGCACCUUCACGUGCUCAAGUGAGCAUGCCCUGCAGCUCCAUCUCCAGAACCACGAUGAGCUUAAGCCGUACCAGUGCCAGCUCUGCUACUACGACAGCAGCCGCCGCAGCCAGCUAGAGGAGCACCUUCGUGUUGAACACAAGGUUAUCCGUAACUUUGAGCUGAUGGGUCGAGUCAAUCUGGACCUGCUGGAGAUGUUAAAUGAGCAAGAGAGCAGCGUAGAGGAGGAAGAGGAGAGUGAAAUUAUGGAGAUGGUGGUGGACGGAGAAGCCAACAUGCAGGAGGAAGAGGAAGAGGUGGAUGAUGACGACGAUGAAGGAAUGGAAAUCAUUGAGAACAUGGUGGAUCACCAGGAAGAGAUGGACGAUAAAGAUGUGGAGGAAAACAUCAAGGAGGAGGAGAAUGAGGGGUUGGAUGAAGAGGAGCAAGAUGAGGAAGAGCUGCAGGAGGAGGAAGACGUGGAGGAGGAGGAACAAGUUAAGGAGGUGAUGAAGGAAAACCCUGUUCUACAAGAGGUCCUUGCUUCUCCCAGCAGCACCAGUUCCGGGCAAAGCGGUGGGGAGAAGCGACUUCCCUGCGAGUUCUGUGGCCGCUGCUUCACUAACAGCCUGGAAUGGGAAAGACAUGUCCUGCGGCACGGCAUGGUAGUUGAAAACAUUCGCCAUGACACCAGCUCUACUUCAGCCAUGGACGCCUCAGCUCCGUCCUCAAAUGACUCCUCUGCUAACGAGGACUCAAGACUGGACCUGGCUGGUUACGACAAAGAGGAAGAACAACCUGCUGAUCUCUCACUGACUAGUCAAAGCCAGUAUGUGGAGGACAAAGAAUUGCUUCACACCAAAAAGGAUCAACAGUCUCCUUAAACUGAUUGUAGCGUCAAACGGGGGAGAAAAAAAUGACGCAGACAUCUUUUGGGAGACUGAAAAUGGAAGAAAAGUGACUUUUUAAUCAGUUGGUGCAUUAGUAGUUUUUUUUUAGGUGUUACAUAUAUAAGUAUUAGGUUGUGCUGCAUAAAAACGUCUGAGCUCUUUUAAAUGGGCAGUCCCCUUGGACAGAACUUAAUAUAUUGGUAACCAAUAGUGAACAGAACUCUUUUAUCGCUGACAUUCUGGUCAAAUCCACCGUGAACGACCCCUACCUUGAUGAAACUAAGCUAUUUAUGAAGAACAUUGUCCAAAUCAAUGACUUAAAAGUUUGCAUUUUAUUAUUUCAAGCAUCUUUUCAUGCUCCUGCCCCCCCCCCCCCCCCCCCCCCCCCCUGCUUGUCCAGGUUUAGUGAAUUUUAACUUCAAACCAACGGUGGGUAAAAGAGUCGAAAUGUUUCCCCUACUGAACAAUUCUUUUUUUUUUUUCUGGGUGAAAUUUGGGACUUUUUUUCCAUAUUGUGUUAAAUAUGUAGGAAUAUUCCUUUAGAAACAAUUGCACCUUACCUAUGUUCAUAAAAUACAAAAAAAAAAAUGUUUCCUUCAUUUUAGAGAUUUUGAACAUCUUCCCCUGCCUUUGUAGCAAAUUGCUAUAAUCUAGCUCCCUUUAUAUGAUAUUAUACUGAGUAUAAGCCUUCAGCCUGUGAUGCCCAGCUCCUUUGACCUGUACUUAUUGUUUGUUCUGUUUGUCGGUAAAAUAACACAACUCCUUGUUAUCCCUGUCAGAUCUUACGUUUAUAGAGCUAGAGAUAUGUUUCAAGUGUCAUAACUGUAGCCAUAUCCGUUUAAAAAUGAGCAACAAGUGAAUAACAGGUUUAAUGAAAAGGCCUCUUGAUGAAGGCAGAUUACACUUGUCUUUUUAGUGUUAAAUGUUGGUUUGGGUGUUUGCAAACCCUUCUGCAGAGACCCAGACAGCAUUAACCCAUCCACAGGUUCACCGGGUUACACCUCAAUCAGAAUCAAACCCCAGUAGGUUAAGUCCUCAGCUGCGCUUUCAUACCCAGUGCCUUAGAAAACAACUCAUCAAACAGCAAAUGAACUAAACGGCGAUUCAACAGCUUUAAAGUUUAAUACAAAUUCACAUAAAUUGAACAACAGAAGUAGCAACCGAUGCUACUUCUGUUGUGCGCAGAGUAAGCCCUUUUGUUCCAUCAAGGUUAAAAAGAUUGAAUAAGCAUAAUUUCAGUGGCAAUCCUUGAAAUGUUAAUAAAUUGCUACACAUAUCGAGUCCUUUCUUGUUGCCAUCCUGCCAAGGGACUAUGUACACCAGCUCUAACCUCUGCUUGGUGAAAAUUCCCUACAGAUGGGAGACAAAUACAUAUGAACACUACCAAGAACUCCCACUUUCUCUCCUAGCUUUUGGCCUCUAUGUACAAUAUGGAGGUGUGCGCUCUUAUGUUUUCUUGUAUGCUCUUGAUGACUAAGGAUGGUCCAUGUCAGCUGAGAAGUAAUGGUGUUUCUCGCAAAAAUGCAAUAGCAGGACCCUCUGUGACAACUGCUGCUACCAGGCUCCUCAACUCAUCUGCCGUAAAAGCUCUGUGGGCUAGUUGCUAUGGCUACUAGGUUUGAAAAUCUAUUUUGUUGUCAUGAUUAUUGAUUUAACUGGCUGUAAUAUAAAUGGUGAGGCUUAAACAUUUUAAAGUAAUUUUGUGGGGGGUGGGGUGAAAAGGAAAUAACUGUUUUUUGAGGAAAAAUAUUUGUCAAUCUUCCGAGGACCAUUUGGAGCUGGAUUAGCAGUCAGUUUGGCCAUCCAAAUAACUCCUUUAUAUAUAUUUUUUGCUUGCAGUGGGUCCUUUAAAGUCGUAUCGUCAAAUGUUAAGUCGAAGUAAAGGAAUUCACUAAAAAGACUAGUGUAAGCAAAGCCGAACGUCCCACAUACAGAUAGAACUGACUGUUAAGGAGUUAGAAGAAAACACUGCUAAACUCUUAUUCUGUGUUGAUAAACAUGUAGUAGUCCACAUCUGUGUGCUUUUUAAUAUUUUUUUUUCUUUUGGUAAAUGGCCUGUAUUUUACCAUUUUUGUAUCUUGUUGAUCUUGAAAAAUAAGCAGAGAUUGUAUUUGUUGGUAAGCUGCUGCUUAAAUGCCCUUAAGCCUUAUGAGAAAAUUAAGUUAAAUUCAUGGUCAAUUCGACAGGAAACGGUGAAGAAUCUGUGAUUUAAAAAAAACAGCAGAUAGCUCUGAUUUUCUUUUUAAAAAUAUUGAGGAGCACAACCAAUGGGAUUGUGUUUUGGGUACCAAAAUAUUUAUGAAGCCUGCUGUGUUUGCUGCUGUACUUGUUUUUUUUUGUUUUGUUUAUAUUAUUUGCAAUGAAUUGUUGAUGGAGAUAGUGAAUUUCUGGUUUGGACCUUAGAAUCCAAUGUGUAGGACAGAUAAAGCUAUGUUAGCAGCCAUGUAUAGAAAACAAAACUCAUUUUUUUCUUUAGUGUAAACUGUGAUGUUUCAGAAAGGAUUAUUUAACCCCUUUUUUUUCAUUUUUAAUGUUUUUAUUUUAUCGGGGAAGAAAAAAAAUGAAGAUAACCUUAAGAGACUCUUAAAUCUGAAAUCCAACAUAAUUAAGCUGUUGUUAAAUGUCUGGUUGCUUUUUUUGUGUAGGAAAGGAAAAGAAAGGAAGCAUGAAAAGAAACUUCUUGAGUUAUCGGGCAGUUUUUCUGGCGAAUGAAGAGAUGAUGCAAACAAUAGACCACCAUCUGGGUUUCCAGUCAGCCUAUAGAUGUAGCCAAUCCAUGUCACCAAAAACCUUGUCCCUCCUCUGUUUUCUGUUUGGUUACCAGAUAUGCUGAUGACUCAUUUAGUCUAUUGGUUACCCGCCCAUAAUCUCUCAAUCUUCCCAGUCAACAACAGGUGAAGGCAGCAGCCCUUAUCAUCUCCUCCGCUCUUGAAAUUUCUUAAAACCAGUUGAGCUGGUGCUGAAUCUUGAAGCUGUUCUCACAUCAUUUUGCAGAACCAACUUGUGUCUAUCCCCUGAAAGGAAAAAAAAGAAGAAAAAAAAACAUUUGAUAGUAGUCGUCGUAGGAAUACAGUUUUAUCGCCCGGCCUGGCGUCACCCAGAGGAAUCUGGACGAAUGCGGCCAUGAAGCUGUCGGCCCGGUAUUGUCCGUUCUGUGAUGAUCGUUAAUGAAUCCUUCACUGUGUUCUUGAUCCAGACUGUAAAUCCCCCACUUUACUAAAUGUUCCCGCCCCUGCUGAAGACACACUGGAUACUUGUAUAUAUGUUUAGUUUGUUUUAAAAAAAAGCAUUUCUCUUUUCAGACUGUUGUCUCCAUAGUUUGAAACUAGAAUCUCUCCUUGCCUUUUUUUCCUAUAUAAAUCUGAUUACCUGAUGGUGGGUUGUGAUGUUGCCUAGAAUGAUUGUUUACAAUUUUAUUCCAUUUAUCUCUGGAUAUUCUGUAAAUAUUGUAAUUCAUUGUCUUUUUUUAACUUGAUAAUAAAGUUAUCAGAAUACA